GAUGGGAUGUGACGUGGUUCGUUAAGCCUCUUAGUUUAGCCUAAUUAAGCUGAGCCAGCAGGCCCCACUAAGUUCCUUUGACAGCAGAGGUUUCAGAAAUCGAUGUGAUUGCGUGAGAAGUCAAACGGAGACCCCAGGAGGAGUGGCUUUGGAGUAAUUAUUAAAACAGUUUGAAGUGAGUUGUGGGUGUUUGUUACGGGCUCCUGCAAUGCUCCCUCGGCGUAUGCUGUGGGGCGCUGUGGCGCGUCAGGUCGCUCCGCGUCUCACCUACAGCACUGCAGCACAGCCGCAGGUAAAGCCAAAAAAAAACAAAUAUGGCCCUCUGAGUGACCAAGACCGGAUAUUCACCAACUUAUAUGGCCGGGAUGACUGGAGACUCAAGGGAUCACUCAGACGAGGAGACUGGUAUAAGACUAAGGAGAUCAUACUGAAGGGACCAGACUGGAUCCUAAAUGAGGUGAAAGUCUCAGGGCUUCGUGGCAGAGGAGGAGCAGGCUUCCCCACCGGGAUGAAGUGGAGCUUCAUGAACAAACCCAGUGAUGGAAGGCCUAAAUACUUGGUGGUGAAUGCUGAUGAGGGCGAGCCAGGGACAUGCAAAGACCGCGAGAUAAUGCGUCACGACCCCCAUAAGCUAAUAGAAGGCUGCCUGGUCGCGGGGAGAGCCAUGGGCGCUCGUGCUGCGUACAUCUACAUCAGAGGAGAGUUUUACAAUGAGUCAUCGAAUCUGCAGGUGGCUAUUAAUGAGGCAUACAAAGCAGGGCUGAUAGGGAAGAACGCCUGUUUCUCGGGGUUUGACUUUGAUGUGUUUGUCAUGCGGGGAGCUGGAGCCUAUAUCUGCGGGGAGGAGACGGCCCUCAUCGAGUCUCUUGAGGGCAAACAAGGGAAACCACGACUUAAGCCGCCAUUCCCUGCAGACAUAGGGGUGUUUGGAUGCCCAACGACAGUUUCCAACGUGGAGACAGUUGCUGUGGCGCCUGCAAUCUGCCGUCGAGGUGGAGCUUGGUUCGCCAGCUUUGGGAGGGAGAGGAACUCUGGGACGAAGCUGUUCAACAUCUCCGGUCACGUGAACACACCGUGCACGGUGGAGGAAGAGAUGUCUAUUCCUCUGAGGGAGCUAAUAGAGAGACACGCAGGAGGAGUGAGGGGCGGCUGGGACAAUCUAUUAGGAGUGAUCCCAGGGGGGUCCUCCACUCCCAUCAUCCCUCGCCAUGUGUGCGAUGAUGUUCUGAUGGACUUUGAUGACCUGGUCCGAGCAGAGACUGCACUGGGAACCGCUGCCGUCAUAGUUUUGGAUAAAUCGACUGACGUGAUCCGAGCCAUUGCACGUUUGGUUAAGUUCUACAAACAUGAGAGCUGUGGCCAGUGCACCCCCUGCAGAGAGGGAGUUGACUGGAUGGAUAAAAUGAUGUGGAGGUUUGUUCGAGGAGAAGCAGCAAUUUCAGAGAUUGACAUGAUCUGGGAGCUAAGCAAGCAGAUAGAGGGACACACCAUAUGUGCCCUGGGGGACGGAGCUGCCUGGCCAGUGCAGGGACUGAUCCGCCACUUUCGGCCGGUCAUGGAGAGCCGCAUCGCUCAGUAUAACAAGAAAAACCCUCAGAGAGCGCCAGAGAUUGAGAUGAUCUGAAACAGAUGUCCAUUUUAGCAUUUAGUCCUUUACAACAGUAUUAAUAACACAUCAUGCCAUAUUGCUUUGUGUACAUUAUUUUUAAAAUUUUUAAAUAUGAAAAUAUUUGUUCUUAUUAAGAAAAACAAAGUUUUACUGCUUGAAUGUCCAAUCCAAAAAUGUUUUUCAAGUGUUUUCACGUAACCUAUAUUUGUAAUAUAAAUCACAAAGUCACAAGGUCACUUCAUCAGCUGUUUACUCUGAGAAGCUGAACUGUUGACAGCUAGUGGGCAGAUGUGGCCAACUUGGUUUGUGAUUAUCCCUUAGACUUAGUCAUGAUCCUUGAGAUUUCAGUACUGGUUGAUUUAGCGACACCUGUGGUUACUUGUGGUAACAGCAAUUGUGGUUUCAUACUACAGGUCAGUGUUCUGUAGGCAGCAAAACAGACAAUGUAAAGUUAAAUAAAGAAGUCAGUCAA